UAGGCUGCUCCAGAUCCUCUUCAUGUAGUCCUCAUAGGCUGCUCCAGAUCCUCUUCAUGUCUGCACACACGUGCGUUUGUAUUGUUUACCACCGCAGGGGCUGCAGUAACUCAUACCCACCACUAGGCGGCAGUAAUGCGCGAAACAAGACACGAAGAGGAUCUGGUGGAGCUCUGAAACCGGAAGUGACCGCCCGAGUCCUCCGUCUCCGCUCUCUGCUCCGUGGUGUGUCUCUACUUUAGGAAGCAAACAUCCCGCGGUGUCAACAAGAGACGUGAACAUGACGAACGUGUACUCCUUCGAUGGCAUCCUGGCCUUCGGGCUGCUCUUCGUCUGCACCUGUGCGUACCUCAAGAAGGUUCCUCGCCUCAACAGCUGGCUGCUGUCGGAGAAGAAAGGCGUGUGGGGCGUCUUCUACAAAGCGGCGGUGAUCGGGACGCGGCUCCACGUCGCCGUGGCGGCGUCCUGCCUGCUCAUGGCGUUCUACGUGGUCUUCUUCAAAUGACAGUCCUGCAGGACGCUGGGCGGACGGACCGCGGUCAUGUGCUCCUCCUCCGGGAGGCCCCGACCAAUGACGGCCCUCUGGCCCCGCGGAGCGGUGGAAGGACUGGCCUGUGAUUGGUCCAUAGCUCACGGCGACCUUUUGUAUGCACUCCAGACAUCCAGGGCGUCCAGAGCGUCCUCCGGCCGGUCGGGUCACAUGGCCGCUCCGUUCUAUCGUCUCAUCCAAACCCCAAAACACAUUCACACUGCAGGACGGGGAGCUGCACACAGACUCACACCAUCAUAUGUGGGGAGAUGACCAGUGGAGACGGGCCAGGUGUUCAGUGGGGAUUAUUCAUGAUGCCUGUUUCUUCUUCUUCUGCAUCACCUCUAACGUCGAAGGUGUCGGGAGACAAAGAUUAUAUAUAUAUAUAAAGAUGUUGUUGUGCACACGAUGUAACCUUUUCUCAACGGCGCCGUUUGCAUCCCUUAAAGAAGCGAUUUGAUAUUCUCUGACAUCACAAGCACACACGGAGGUGCUGGGUGGCGUCGUCCAGAGCGGAGGGACUUGAACACAACACGAGGCGGAGGGACUUGAACACAACACGAGGCGGAGGGACUUGAACACAACACGAGGACCAACAGACUCUGAUUCCCAACAGGAAGUGGGCCCUCGGCCUCUGCUCAUGCUCUGAAUGUGGGCCGUCGCUCCUUAAGCUUUGUUUUAGGUUUUAAAGACACGUAUUUUGUAUUUUCUGGGACAUCUGAUACUAUAACAUGUUUUAAAUGUCUCGUAAAAGUAUCAAGAAUAACAUAAACAUUUACAUACUUUAACUUUAAUGCCAAUAUUCACGGAGCGUCUGAUUCCAUCUGAUUUGCAAAGUUAUUUUGAGUUUAAUUUACAUUUUUAAAGGAGUAACUUGUUCUGAUGCGAUGAAGUUUAGAGUAACCAUCAUUCAGACCGUUUCUGUGUUCUUUAAGUGUCGUUGGCUUCAACGCUUUGCACCAGGCGUGAUGUUUGAUUGAUUUAUUGGGCCGUUCUUCCUCUCUGACUCAUUAAUGUUGUUUCUAUGAGCAGCGCUGAGUUCAUGUUCAUCUGGAAUAAAUCAUCUCAUCUUA